AUGCAGAGGCAGCCACGUAAUAAACAAGGGAUGUUAAACUCUCGGAGCGAGGCAGCCCCCAGCUCCCAGCGCGGGCCUCAGCUCCGCCCUGGAAGCCCCUGGAUUGGGGUCCUGGGGACAGGGCUGGAGCAGAGCCGGAAUCCCACGAGAAAGAAGCUUCGGAACCCUGGCCCUCAGGGUGGGGGCAACGGAGGGGCCCACCGCCCGUCCUGGGUGCCCGUUUCCCGGCCUAGCUCCGGUCGCCGGGGUGCUCCCCGCCUCCCAGACAGCGCCCCUUCGACAUGUUCGGCUGCUGGUUCCGGGUGGGUUCCCAGCACUGGGGGCCUGGCGGGAAGCGGCCAGAGAAGACAGGGCGGGAGCCGGGGGCUGGCACUGGGCGGGGCGGAGCCUGAGAAGGCCCAGCGUGGGGCGGGGAUCUCCCGGCGUGAGAGGACGGCCGGGAGGACCUUUCCCAAACCCACCCGGGCCGGCGGGCGUCUCGCUGGAGGGGUGGCCGGGUGGGGGGCGGAUGCGGGAGCCCCGCAGAAUCCCUGGCAGGACCCGUCCCUGCUCUUUGCUGUCACUGUUAUUGGGAUCACUGUGCUCCUGCUUGCCCUGAAGAGCAAGAACGUGGUGAAGAGUCGUCACAUCACCUUACAGAACUCUGAUACCAAGUACCCGCUGCCUUUGAUUGAGAAAGAGCAAAUCAGCCACAACACUCGGAGGUUUCGCUUUGGACUGCCCUCCCUGGACCAUGCUUUAGGGCUUCCUGUAGGUAACUAUGUUCAUCUCUUGGCCAAAAUUGAUGGUGUUGUGGUGGUCAGGGCUUACACGCCUGUGUCCAGUGAUGAUGACCUAGGCUUUGUGGACUUAAUCAUCAAGAUCUACUUCAAAAAUGUACAUCCUAAUCACCCAGAAGGGGGGAAGAUGACUCAGUACUUGGAGAACAUGAAAAUUGGGGACACCAUCCUUUUUCAAGGGCCAUCUGGGUGCCUGUUCUAUCAUGGGUCAGGGAAGUUUGUAUUCAAACCAUACAAAACAAGUGAGCCUGAAACUAAACUGGUGCAUCACCUGGGAAUGAUUGCUGGGGGCACAGGGAUCACGCCCAUGCUGCAGCUCAUCCGCUGCAUCACCAGGAAGCCCAGUGACAAGACCGUGAUGUCCCUCAUCUUCGCCAACAAGGCAGAGGAGGAUAUCUUGAUGAGAAGAGAGCUUGAGGAAGUUGCCAGAACUCAUCCAACACGGUUCGGCCUGUGGUACACGCUGGACAGGCCUCCUGCUGACUGGAAGUACAGCUCAGGCUUCAUUACCAAGGACAUGAUCAAGGAGCACCUCCCUCCCCCUGGGAAGUCCACGCUCAUCCUGGUGUGUGGCCCACCACCCCUGAUCCAGACAGCCGCGCACCCUAACCUGAAGAAACUGGGUUAUACCAAGGACAUGAUUUUCACCUACUAAAGCCU